AAAAAAAAAAAAAAAAGUAAGAAGAAGAUGCUUUCUUUCCUUUUGGAGCUUUAUGCAACGUUCUGGGUUUUAAAGCUUUUAGUUUUAUCUUCUUUUUGACACAUACCGACGAAGAAGAAACUGAACCAUUUUCUCACCAUCUCCACUCUCUCUCUUCUCUUUUCCGCCGCCGUAACGGCCAAAGGGUUCCGACCACUCCACCUUGAACUCUUUUGUCGGCUCUAAAAAAACGAGAGUAACGAGAAAGGCGAAACUCGAUUAUUCAGAUCUCCAUUUUGCCUUACCCGCCGCAUGUCCAAAAGUUGAAAGAAAGAACAAACUAUACAGCUCCUCCUUCCAUCUUCAUCUCUCACUUGCAAUAUUCGUUUCCAGAAGCUACAUUUUCGCCAAUUUUGCUAUGGACCGACGAAGUUGGCCGUGGAAGAAAAAAUCAUCUGAUAAAACAACCUUAGUGGUUGAUUCUGCAGCUGCUGAUACUUCACAUUCUCAAGUUGAAAAGGAUGCUGUUAAGAAGCCAAAGUAUGUGCAAAUCUCUGUGGAGCAGUAUACACAUCUCACAGGUCUGGAAGAGCAGAUAAAGACAUACGAUGUUGAGAUUAAAUCUUACGAGAAUCGAGUUGAAGCUUAUGAGGAUCAAGUAAAAAGCUUUGAAGAACAGAUAAAAACACACGAUGUUCAGAUCAAAUCUUACGAGAGUCAGGUUGAAGCUUACGAAGAGCAAGUAAAAAGCUUUGAAGAACAGAUCGAGGCGUACGAUGAGCAGGUUCAGAGUUAUGCUGAACAAGUGGAGAGACUCAACGAGGAUAUAGCUACCAAAGAGGCUUUAGUGAAGCAACAUUCCAAGGUUGCUGAAGAUGCUGUUGCGGGUUGGGAGAAAGCUGAUGCUGAAGCUUUGACGUUGAAGAACACACUUGAAUCUGUCACUCUCUCUAAACUCACGGCUGAAGAUCGUGCAGCGCAUUUAGAUGGUGCGUUGAAAGAGUGUAUGCGGCAGAUACGGAACUUGAAGAAAGACCAUGAAGUGAAUCUGCAUGAUGUUGCUUUGAGCAAGAGUAAGCAGAUAGAGAAACUAACAAUGGAGUUUGAGAAGAGGCUCUCUGACUAUGAACAGGAGCUACUAAGGUCUGCAGCUGAUAGUGAUGCCUUAUCCAGAACUUUACAAGAACGGUCCAACAUGCUAGUGAUGAUUAGCGAGGAGAAGUCACGAGCUGAUGCUGAAAUCGAGACAUUGAAGAGCAAUCUUGAAAUGUGUGAAAAGGAGAUAAAGUCUCUCAAGUACGAAGUCCAUGUAGUUUCUAGAGAGCUGGAGAUACGCAACGAAGAGAAGAACAUGUGUAUUAAAUCUGCAGAUGUUGCCAACAAGCAACACUUGGAAGGAGUGAAGAAAAUAGCUAAGUUGGAAGCAGAAUGUCAGAGACUUAGAAGUCUUGUGAGGAAAAAGCUGCCAGGACCAGCUGCACUUGCUCAAAUGAAGCUUGAGGUUGACAACUUAGGCGGAGACACGAGACCAAAGAGAUCUCCGAGCAAAGCUUCUAGUCCAUGCAAGUCUCCUAGAGGAUACUCAUCUUCUGGUUCUGACUUUUCUGUCGAUAAUUCACAGAAAUUACAAAAGGAAAAUGAGUUUUUGACAGAACGUUUGCUUGCCAUGGAAGAGGAGACAAAAAUGCUUAAAGAAGCCUUAGCAAAGCGGAAUAGUGAGUUGUUGGAGUCACGGAAUCUUUGCGCUCAGAGCACUAGUAAGCUUCAAAGCUUGGAAGCUCAACUGCAGCAAAACAAUUCCCACAAGUCCUCACUUGAAGUGUGUCCAAAUCUGAAUACGAGCAAUCCAUCAAGUUCAGUCUCUGUUUCUGAAGAUGGGAAUGAUGAUUCCGGAAGUUGCAGCGGAUCUUUGUCAACAACUCCAUCACAACAGACCAAGAAAGAGAAGGAGAUGGCAGCACUACAGAGGGUUGAAAGUGUUAGUAGUCAUGUGGAGCUUAUGGAUGAUUUUCUUGAAAUGGAGAAGUUAGCUUGUUCAGGUGACCAAAAUUCAGAACUGGUGAAUGUUGAGGAGUCUGAUAAAGAUAGUCCAGCAGUGAUGGAAUUCAGAACUAGAUUAUCAAAGGUUCUUGAAUCUGUAUCUUCUGAUGCUGACUUGGGGAAGAUUGUGGAAGAUAUAAAAUGCAUUUUGCAAGAUGUGAAUGUUUGUAUGGACCAGGAUAAGCCUUCUGAUGUGCAGGUUCAUCCUGAAGAAGUGGCAGAACAAAAUAUUCAGAGCGUUCACCAAGAUUUGAAAACUGCUGUUUCUCGGAUUCAUGAUUUUGUUUUGUUGCUAAGAGAAGAGGUAAGGACAGGUAAGGCCUCCAUGACCGAAGGAAAUGAUUUCGUUGAACUGAUCAAUGGCCUUUCCAUCACUUUCGACCAUGUUUUAAAUGGUGAGAGAAAAUUGGAUGAUUUUGUCUCGGAUCUUGCUAAUGUCUUCAACGAGGCCAUGGAGCUAAAGGUAACCUUCAGAGGUCUUGCUUCCUCUGAGGUUGAAAUUGUGAGUCCAGAUUGCAUAGACAAGGUUGCGUUACCCGAGAGCAAGGCUGUAGAUAAAAAUUCAUCUAAUGAAAUAUAUCAGAAUGGAUGUUCUCACAACGAGCCAGAGGUUCCCUGUGAUCUGAGGUAUGAAUCAGGCUCCAAGUCACAGGAAAUAGAAGAACUGAAAUCAGAAAAGGAAAAGAUGGCAGUGGACAUCGAGGAGCUGAAGUUUCAGUUACAAGAAUCUGAGAAGAUGUUAGCUGAGAUUAGAUCACAGUUAGAUUCUGCUCAGAGGUCAAACAGGCUUGCGGAUACGCAACUCAGAUGUAUGACUGAGUCAUAUAGAUCACUUGAAACACGUGCAGCUGAUUUAGAGAUUGAUGUGAACCAGCUUAAGGAAAAGGUAAGGAGUUUAGAAAAUGAGCUUGAGGAUGAAAAACGCAACCACCAAGAAGCUAUUAUGAGGUGUCAUGAACUUGAAGAACAUAUUCAAAGAAACAUAAACAAUUCUUUGGUUGCUGAGGAUGAGGAAGAAGCUGACAUCAAGACCAAACAGGAGAGAGAGUUAACGUCAGCAGCAGAGAAGUUAGCAGAGUGUCAAGAAACCAUAUAUGCGUUGGGGAAUCAGCUGAAGUCAUUACAGCCACCACAAAGACAGAGUAAGUCCUAUUCUGAGGAUGAACUAGGCAGCAAGAACUACGCCUUGGACGAAGGAGAUUCACCUGACACUUGGGUUAACGACGUCCCUAAAUUUAUGGAAUCUCCAAAAUGUCCUUCUGAUUCAGAGACUAGUGAUUUGAUGACAUCGCCAUCACGUGUGGGUUCAAGGCUCCCAAGGUCAGGUUCAUCUGGUAAUCCAACACCAGAGAAAAGCUCCAGAGGAAUCAGCAGGUUCUUCUCCUCCAAACCAGGGUAUUAGCUUUUUAAACAAAAGAGAGGAGAAGAAGAAACUGUGUAUGUGUACAUGACGAAAUGUGAUCAAAUAACACUAGAGAAUACAUUCGUGUGGGCUCUUUUUGUCAGCGUUUACUUUACUUGUUUUUAUCUAACGCCGUGUGCAUUUUAAUGUUUGAUGUUUUUUUUUUUGAACAACAAUAUGAUCAUUCAACAGCAGGAGAAAAUGUU